AUGGGUUUAUUUGGCAAGAAAAAAGAAGAGUCUAAGUCUAAAGAAUAUGACACCAAGUUGACGGCGGAGGACGAAAAGAAAAUGAAGACACGUUCUCAAAACCUUCACGAUCCAAUUUUAUCUGCCGUUAAUGAUGCUCAACCUUUCGAAGAAAUGAACACUCACAACAGAACGUCUUCUAUUGGUAACGGUGUUCUGACUGAUAUUUUUGGCCAGCAAAUUACCAAUCCAGACAUUUCUAAUCCUACAAGGGCUAGAGAUGAGAGACCUCUAGAUACCAUCAGAAGUUUUGAAUACGCAAUCACUGGUGAUCCAAUCUAUCAUGAACAGCUGGAGUCUCAUAUUGUUGGUUGGAGAGUUAGAGAUGAUUUCCAACUUGGUAAUGGUGCGCAAAAUGCCAACCAAGUCCAAUAUGAUGAAUAUGGCCAACCUAUAUAUACGAAUAACAGGCCGACCCAACAAUAUGUUGAGCAAGGUGUCUACACCCCAACAGCAAAAACUGAAACUGUUGAAAAGAAGAAAGGUUUUUUCUCCUUUGGUAAGAAGAAUAAAAGUUAA